AUGGAGGAUAUGGGAGGGGGAGGCCUUAGAAGUCCGGACCAUGUAACUGAUGCAAGGGGCCGGCCUCUGCGUGAACCUUGGUACUUAGCUUCUGUCCUUCCCCUUCCCCAGGCGUCCAGGCUGACAUGCAGCCUAACCAAGUAUGCCAACAAGCUGGGCACUGAUGCCAAGGAUACCGUAGAGUCUGAGUUCAACCAACAGCUCAACAGCCUUCUUCAAGAUAAAUCCGGGGAAGUCAGCGCACAGGCCGAUGAUCUGAAGGAGAAACUAGUGCCCUUUGCCAUGGAAUUGCCGUGCUGUCUAGUCCAGGACUCAGAAAACCUCAAGGAGCAGAUCCGGAGGGAGUUGGAGGAGCUGAGGCUCCAGCUCCAGCCCAAUUCCGAACAAGUGUGCCAGAAGAUGAAUGAGAAUGUGCAGGCCCUGAAGCAGUGCCUGGGGCCCUGCACUAACGAGCUCCAAAACAGUCUCAACGAAAAUGCAGAGCAACUCCGCCAGCAGCUGGCCCCCCUUUCCUGCCAACUGGAGGCAGCCAUGAAGGAGAACAUGAACUGUGUUCAGAUGGCCCUGGCCCCCUUCGCCUGUGAGUUCAAGAACAAGGUCGACCAACAAGUGGACAAGAUGAGAUGCCAGCUCACCCCCUACGCGGACCAGCUCCAGGACAAGAUCGAUAAGCACAUUGCGGAGCUUCAGAAGACCCUCACGCCCUUUGCCAAGGGUGCCCAGGAGCAGCUCAAUCGCCAGAUCGAAUGUCUGGCCUUCCAGAUGAAAAAGAAUGUGGAUCAGCUGAGGACCAAGAUCUCGGACAACACAGAAGACCUGAAGCAGAAGCUGACGCCCUUUGCCGAGGAGAUAAAGGGGAAGAAGCCCCAAAGCUCAGAGGAAUUGCAACAGUCCUUGACCAGACUGAGUGGACAGGUGGACCAGCAGAUCGAUGAGUUCCGCAAGAAUAUGGGGCCCUUUGGGGAGUGCUUCAACAAGGCCUUGAUUCAGCUUCUGGAAGAACUCAAGCAGAAACUGGAGCAGCCCCGUGCUUGUGGGGUGGAGGACCACCUGAGCCUAUUAGAGAAGGACCUGAGGGACAAAGUCAACUCCUUCUUCUGCAACCUCAAGCAGACCUAGGACAAGAUGCCCUUUUUCUCUAAGCCCUAGAACCUCAGCAUCUGAGCAGUCUUUCUCAGCUCUUCUUAGAUCACCACCCCCUCCUGACUUUAGAUCUCAGACCAGGGUUCUCUGUCCAUCCAUCCACCAGUCCACCUAGUCACACACAGCAAGUGUAGCCCUGGGAAUGACGCUGUGGUGAAAAGUAGCAUUUAUGAUCCUUGCUGAAUAAAAUGUUAAAAAAAAACCCCAACUAUCACGUGU